AUGGCGCCCCCAACGUCGCCCGUGGCGGAGCCGCCAACCUCGCCGGUCGUCGUCUCCCCGGCCUCCAGCGCGGCCCAGAACGGCCGCCGGAGGAGCCCCUUCCCCAAGGAUGGGGCUGCCAACGGCCACGGGGGGAAGCAGCAGGAGGUGAAGGCGGUGUGGCUGCCCGUGGGCCGGGCGUCGAGCAACAAGGCCGCGGCCACGCCGCCCCUGCCCGCGCCCACACCUCGCGGCUCGCACCCCCCCAGGCCCGGCAAGGAGAAUGCGGCGCUUGAUCUGUCGGGCGUGAGGCGGGAUCUGGGCGCCGAGAGCACGAAGGGGCCCAAGGGCGCAAGGAUUCGAUCAGAGUCCCCUAGCUACAUGUGCCCCACCGAGUCAUCCAAGCUGCGUGGCCAGAAGGGUGAGCCCGACGUCAAGCCCAAGAAGCCGUCACCUGCGCCCAAGAAACCCAGGGCAUCAACAAGCACCACUAGCAGCACAACCUCCACAACAGAUGAUCAACCAACUUUGGAAGACAAGCCUGCAUCGCCAGAGGCAGAUGAUGCAGAGGAGACCAAGUCAUCAACACAAGUGAACAUGGAAACGAAUGCGUACUUCCAGGUCAUCGACCCGGCGCCUGUGGUUCAUGAGGUCCCCACUGUGAAGACCCAGGUAGCCGAAAAACACCACCACAGGCCGGGACUGAAGGGCCUCCUUUGCUGGCGUUCAUCAGCCUGUGAUUAG